CGAAUGCGUCUAUAAAACAGUGUUGUGUAGGUGUAUGUCCUGACAUAACAUAUAGGUCUAUUAAGUACAGCUCAUAGGCAGAAUACAUACAAGGCUUUGCGGAACUGCCCUUCAACGUCGGGCUUUAUCACAUUCUUCUAUAGUAGAGUAUCAUAUUAUUAAUCAGCAUGUCGUUGCAAACUAAGGGCGACCCUACUAAACAGCACUGGGAAGAUUCAGAUUUCCCUAUUCUGUGCCAAACAUGUUUGGGAGAUAACCCAUAUAUGCGCAUGACUAAAGAGAAACACGGCAAAGAGUGUAAAAUAUGCACGAGACCCUUCACUGUGUUUAGAUGGUGUCCUGGGCGUGGCAUGCGAUUCAAGAAGACCGAAGUGUGCCAGACGUGUGCGAAGGUUAAGAACGUUUGUCAAACGUGUAUAUUCGAUCUGCAAUAUGGCCUGCCUGUGCAAGUUAGAGAUCAAGCCUUGGGGAUUGUCGAUAAUGUACCGAAGUCAGCGGUCAAUAAGGAAUACUACGCACAGAACAUGGAAGCACAGAUGGCAGUUGCUGAACCUGGUGCGUUAGCUAUCGAUAUGUCGGGCAGCGGAACUCUGUCUGUGGGCGGAGUUGGUGGUGCAGUUGGAGGUGUGGGCGGAGGCGGUGGAGGCGCACCAGGGGGAGUAGGGGUUGGUGGGAAGGUAAAUAACGCGUACCUGAAAACUCUGGCCAGGACCGGUCCAUACUACAAGCGGAACAGGGCGCACAUAUGCUCGUUCUGGGUGAAGGGAAACUGUAAUCGUGGCGAAGAGUGUCCGUACAGACACGAGAUGCCCACCGACCCGAAUAACCCACUGGCCAAACAGAAUAUCAAGGAUCGUUAUUAUGGAGUCAAUGAUCCCGUUGCGGACAAGAUUAUCGAACGGGCUGCCAGCCGACCCAGGUUAGAACCGCCCGCAGACAAGUCGGUGAUGACACUGUACUUGGGAAAUAUAGACCCGGCCGUCACGGAACAGGACAUCCGCGACGUGUUUUACCAGCACGGAACCAUCACAAACAUCACACUUGUGUCGAAACAAGGCUGUGCGUUUCUGGAGUACUCCGCUCGGUCGGAGGCUGAGAGGGCCGCGGAGAAGAGCUACAACAGCGUGUUGCUAAAAGGAAAGAAGAUCAAGAUCUUGUGGGGCAAGAGCAAAUCACAACAGUCACAAAACAACGCUUCAGCGAAUAUCAAUCUGCAGCCUGUUCCUGGAUUGCCACCGAGCGCAAAGACCGGUCCUGGCCCUGGCCCCCCAGGUGUAAGGCCACCCCAACAAAAAGGACUCCAAGGCAUCCACUACCCAUCACAAGAUCCGACUCGUAUGGGUACCUCCGGGAAGAGGUGAAAGCCUUGGCUUUUCUUGGAAAACUUAUUCUGCUCCAUCGCCGCUCGCGACUGACGCAUAAAGGACGAUCGCUUGCUAGAUGACUAUUGGACUACUAGUUGUGCUCAUUUCUUCAGUUGCCGACAUGUGGAUGUUAUGUAUUGCUAGACGAACUGUAGAUGUAGAGGCACUGGAUUGAACGCUUUAUUUUCCUACGUCGAUGAGAUACUGAAGUGGCCGAGAUGCCCGGUUCUGCUAUUGCUCGAGCGAGAAUGUAACGACAAUAGGGUCGGACAACAAAUAAAUAGGCAUUUUGAAGCCGGAACGUAUCUACCCGAAUUCAGUGAAACCCUAAAUCCUGCACACAUCUCAUUGUACUUUUGACUAUAAAUCAUAUAAACAAACACUAUUUGGU